AUGGCCACCAAACUGUCAGACAUUCCUCAGGACGUUGCGGCCCUGGUGUGUCACUAUCUGAAUCCCGAAGAUGCUCUCCGGCUGUUGCCAGCAAGCCGCAACAUUCAGAGCAUCACGCAGCAGCCGGAUAUUUGGCGAUGCUUCUGUUACCUGCGCUGGGGCAGAGGAGCCAACCUGCACCUGUAUGACCACGCCAAAGAUUGCCUUCGCGACCAGAACGGCUGGUUUCCAUGGCAAGGAAUGGUCCGGUCACCGCCGUUCUUCGAGGUGCGCCGCUUGAAGACCCAUCAACAGGGAUGUGCAUCCAUGGAUCU